AUCCAUUUCACUGGACUUGUUCCGGAUUUUCUGAGAGGAAAUAGCAGUUGAGAUAGGCUCCAGCACCCACCGCGACCCCAAAAAAGGGACAAGCGGUAGAAAAUGGAUGGAUGGAAAUAGUUUAAUUGGACAUGUUUGAUGAUCUUUUAUUCGAUGUAUGUAUUUUUGUAACUUUCAUUUAGUUGGCAGUGAUUUGUUGAAAUGACCAGUUUGCUUCGAACGUUCCUAUAUUGGACUGUUUAUGAAUCGAUUAAUUUGCAUUAAUACCGGUGGAGCCCAGUCCAACCAUUGGUAUCGAAAACAUCGACGUUUGGCUCGAACCACCGCUGGUCUCCAGUUACACAGCAGUAAGGACAAACAUGAUUGGUCACCUCUAGUGACUGUGGGCCAACUUGUACACGUCGGCAUCAACGCGCUGCGGAUGUUCCCAAACUUCGUCUUUUGGUCAACAUCAAACACUUUUUUGUGGACAAUACUUGAAGUUGUUGUGGAUAAUACCAAAGAGUCCGCUUGCUUCCUGUUCGAGACAUGGCGGUACUGUAACGCAGGGUGUCAAAGGACAGAAUGUACUUGCCUAAAGUUGUCAAAUGAAAGGCAAAAGUUGUGUUCCAAAGAGUAUCAUGGGACCUCUCGACGUUUGAACUCGGGCAAGAUGAGAUUUCGGUUGGCCAAGAAAAACCUUUUCCUGCUCGUGUGCGUCUCCUUGGCGGUGUGGACUCUUCUGCUGUCCACGCGUGCGCUGUCGGUGUCCGAGCGCCAGGGAGCAAACGGGAGCCUCCAGAGAUCGCGGGUGGAGGUGGGAGGCUCUCUGCCACAGUUGACGGCGUCCAUCCACUCUGCCAAUCACCAGCAGCUUGUUGGGAACGCGCACAAGUUUCCUUCGGAGCCUGAGCUGGUGGUGGUCGUGCAGGUCCACGAGGCUCCACAACACCUGCGACUCCUCGUGGAGUCCCUGGAGAAAGCAGCACAGGUCCACAAGUUCCUCCUCGUCUUCAGCCACGACUUCUUCUCGGCGGAAAUCGACGCCAUUGUGCAAGGCAUCACUUUCUGCAAGGUGCUGCAGAUUUAUUUCCCGUUCAGCACGCAGCUGUUUCCCAAGGAGUUUCCCGGGCAGGAUCCACGGGACUGCCAGCGGAACACGAGCAGAGAAAACGCCCGCAGAAGCGGAUGUCUGAACGCGGAACACCCGGACGUGCACGGACAUUACAGAGAGGCCGGCGUGACGCAGCGCAAACAUCACUGGUGGUGGAAGCUUCACUUUGUGUGGGAGAGGGUGAAGGUCAUGCAGGGCUACGAUGGCUCGGUCCUCCUCCUGGAGGAGAACAACUACGUCUUGCCAGACUUGUUCCACUUCUACACGGCCAUGGUGGACCUGAAGAAAAGCAGCUGCCAGGACUGUGACCUGCUGGCGUUGGGGAGCCACCAAGACCGGAGCAACUUUAGCAACCACGUGAGCACAGGAUGGAUGUCCACCAAGACCAGCGUGGGCCUGGCACUGGACAGGGACGUGUACUACAAGAUGAUGGGCUGCGCCAAGGACUUCUGCACGUACGACGACUACAACUGGGACUGGACUCUGCAGCACCUCUCAGGAAGCUGCCUCUCCAAGCCCCUCAAAGUGCUCGCCGCUCAGGGCGCCAGGGUUCUUCACACGGGAGACGGUGGGCCAGACGUGGCCUCACAGAAGGUGGAGGAGAUGGCCAAAGAUGGCCUCUUCCCGCCGUCUCUGGUCCUUGGCACCUCUGAAGCAGCGCGCCUCAACACGCAGGUGAAGAACGGAGGCUGGGGCGACGUGCGGGACCACGUUCUGUGCAGAAACUAUGCCAAACUUCUCUGAAACAUCACACAAACACACACACACAAACAUGUCUGAAACAUCACACAAACACACACACACAAACAUGUCUGAAACAUCACACAAACACACACACACAAACAUGUCUGAAACAUCACACAAUCAUACACAAACAGGUCUGAAACAUCACACAAACACACACACAAACAUGUCUGAAACAUCACACAAUCAUACACAAACACACACACACAAACAUGUCUGAAACAUGACACAAUCACACACACAAACAUGUCUGAAACAUCACACAAUCAUACACAAACAGGUCUGAAACAUCACACAAACACACACACACAAACAUGUCUGAAACAUCACACAAUCAUACACACACACAAACAUGUCUGAAACAUGACACAAUCACACACACAAACAUAUCUGAAACAUCACACAAUCAUACACAAACACACACACAAACAUGUCUGAAACAUGACACAAUCACACACAAACAUGUCUAAAACAUCACACAAUUAUACACAAACACACUCACAAACAUGUCUGAAACAUGAUACCAUCACACACAAACAUGUCUGGAACAUCACACAAUCACACACAAACAUCUGAAACAUCACACACAAACAUGUCUGAAACAUCACACAAACAUUACACACAAAAAAUGUCUGAAACAUCACACAAUCUCACACAAACAUUUCUGAAACGUCACACAAACAUGUCUGAAACAUCACACAAACAUUACACGCAUGUCUGAAACAUCACACAAUCUCACACAAACAUGUCUGAAACAUCACACAAUCACACACUAACAUGUCUUAAACAUCACACAAUCUCACACAAACAUGUCUGAAACUUCACACAAACAUUACACACAAAAAAUGUCUGUAACAUCACACAAUCUCACACAAACAUGUCUGAAACGUCACACAAACAUUAAACACAAACAUGUCUGAAACAUCACACAAUCUCACACAAACAUGUCUGAAACGUCACACAAUCUCACACAAACAUGUCUGAAACAUCACACAAACACACACACAAACAUGUCUGAAACAUCACACAA